CUCUCCUCCACCCCACCCCACCCCACUCGACUGCAAACUUCAGAAUGGCAGUGAUGAAUUACCAGUACAUCAAAGGGAUGAAUGGGUUUCGAGUCUACAUCUUGGAAGGGCACCCAAGCUUGAAGUCGGGUGAGAGGCAGCAGCCACAAGCCAAUCACAGGACAGGGCCGCCUCCAAGCUGCCCAAUCAAACGCAAGCAUCCGGCAGAUCCCAACGGCCUUGGCCAGUCAGUGGAGGAAGGCCUUCCAGCGGCCGGGACGGCCCUCGCAUUGCUUAUGGUGGACAGGCCCACGGCCAGGGAGGGGCCCACCUCCCCGCAGCAGAAGCAGCAGCAGCAGCAGCAGCAGCAGGCCCCAGGCCCCCCCGCCGACCAGCCGCUGGCCCUGGUCAAGAAGCGGCCCGGUUUCAGCAGCCCGACCUCCGGCCCCCCGAGCACGCUGCCUCCCAGCAUGCUCCAGCAGAUGAGGCCGUCGGUGAUCACAUGCACUUCCUCCGGCUACCAGCGGUGUGGGCAUUCCCGGGCGGCGGCCCCACCCCACGGGCAACAGGCGGCCGUGUCUGUCACCUACAGCUCGGGCAGUGAGGGUACUGACCAGACUGUCUCCUGUGACUCCGUGGUGGACGAGCAUUUCCGGCGGAGCCUGGGCUGUGACUACCAGCUGCCCGCCAGCGCUGCCAACUCCGUCUCCAUCUCGGGCUGCGUCGAUGACCACUUCGCCAAGGCUCUGGGCGACAAGUGGCUUCAGAUCAAAGGUUCGGCCGCCUCCAGCCCUGGCGCUUCGGAGCUGCCAAGCGAAGAGGCUCCUUCCCCGAGCCUGGCACCCACUGUCCUCUCGUAGCCUGCGGGAUCCAUGAGUAUGGGACAACCCCCGCCUCCCUUGCCCCCCCAACACUCCCCCCAACACCGCUCACCCCGCCUCACGCACGUCCUCCCGGAUUAGGAACUGCCCUCCAACCAAUCCCACGACUGAAGGGGUCAAAGGUAUCUCGGAGGGUUGGCACCGCCACCCCCCCACAACGUGCCCCCACUUUCUGGAUUCGGCAGGGGUGCGGUGUGUUUGGAUGGUCCUCCUCAGUGCCUGGCAACAUAGGCUACGUGAACAGUGAACAUCGGGACUGGUAUAACAGCCGUACCAAUUUCUCGUCGUCCCCCCCCCACAGUCCACACUGAGCUUCGUAGGUUCAUUCCUGUCGAGAAACUCAACCCUGAGCUGAUUUACGCUCCGUUGACCCCGGGGAGAUCUCCAACUGCGUCCCGACUCUCCAUUCACGCCCUCCACCCCCGACGCACAGGGGCAGCAGUGUGUGUACCAUCUACAAGAUGCACUGCAGCAACUCGCCAAGGCUCCUUCGACAGCGCCACCCAAACCCACCACC